AUGUCUUUCGGCGGCUUUGGCAGCAGCAGCAACGCGCCCGCGGGCGGCGGCGGCUUCGGCUCCAGCGCCUUUGGCGCGCCCGCCACGAGCAGCAGCGGCUUUGGCAGCUCCGCCGCCGCGUCGCCCUUCGGCAGCGGCAGUGGGCCCACGACCGGCGGCUUUGGCUCGACAGCGGCUCCGUUCGGGUCGGCCGCGCCCAAGUCGGCGUUCGGCGGCUUUGGUGCGCCGGCGGCGUCCACGACGGGCGGCUUUGGCGGCUUUGGCGCGACGCCCGCGACGUCUUCGGGCUUUGGGUCCACGUCGGCGUUCGGCAGCGGCGCAACAGGUGCGGGCAGCGGCUUUGGCACGUCGGGUUCUUCGGCAUUUGGCGCCAGUACGCCGUUUGCAGCCAAGUCGGGCGCAGGGACCGCUAGCGCGAGUCCAUUUGGCGCGACGAGUGCGUUUGGAGGCGCGGGCAGCUCCAGUGCGUUCGGCGGCGGUGCAGCGACAGGCGGGUUCGGGACCCCUACCGCAGCGAGCGGCGGGAUGUUUGGCAGCUCGACCACGGGCGGGUUUGGUGGCGCGACAGCGGCCAAGAGUCCGUUUGGCAUGACGCCGACCGCCGCGACAGCGACAUCGUCGGGCGGCUUUGGCGCGUCGACGACGGGUUCCACGGGCUUUGGCGGCUUUGGCCUGCAGUCUAUGGGCGCAUCUGGAGCGCCGGCCGCUGGUCAAGUGCAGGUCGGCACGGGCCAACCGCCGUACCAGUCGACGCGGGCAGUGGAGCCAGGCGGCGCGAGCGGCACGGCCAAUUACAUGUCGAUCUCGCACAUGCCUGCGUACGUGCACAAGUCGAUGGAAGAGCUGCGGUACGAAGACUACUUGAAGCGCACGGACCCUGCAGCAGCCCAAGCAGCCGCGGUGCAGAACGCGCCGGUGGCUGCUGGUGCAAAGGCAAGCACAACGGGUGCGUUUGGCGGCUUUGGCACGUCGCAGCCAGCAACGAGUUCGGCGUUUGGGGCGACAGGCGGCUUUGGCACGUCGCAGCCAUCGGCAUUUGGCGCCACGUCGAGUGGUGGCGGAUUUGGGUCGUCUGCUUUCGGUGCAACGACCACACCUGCGACAGUUGGCGGGUUUGGUGGGUUUGGAUCGCAGCCAGCGACUUCGACUACGAGUAGUGGUUUAUUUGGAAAUGCGGCUGCAGGUUCGAGUUCAAAUGCGUUCGGUGCACCGAGUACAAGCAGUGCAUUUGGGGCCGCUCCUGGUGCCACUUCAGCUUUUGGGGCACCAUCUACGGGUGGAGGGUUUGGCUCGACGUCAGGUGGAUUUGGCAGCGGCUUUGGCGCAGCAGCGGCAGGACAACCACAGACUGGUGGGUUUGGAGGGUUUGGUGCCGCCGCUCCGGCGUCCUCUUCCGGCUUUGGUGCUUCGGGUUUUGGUAAGGCAGCAGCGCCUUCAGCGUUUGGGGGCUUUGGAACCACGCCAGCUUCUUCGGCAGCACCGGCAACGGGUGGGUUUGGAUUUGGAGCGACGCAACCUCAAGCAGGAUCGACUGGCUCUUCGUUCGGCGGUUUUGGAGCAGCAACGCCAUCUUCCACUGGUUUCUCAUUUGGAGCAACUGCUGCCAAGCCUGCCAGUGGCUUUGGCUUUGGUUCUGGUGGUAGCACGAGUGCAUUUGGAAGUACAACCGGUAGUGCGUUUGGUGCUACCACUACGCCCAGUGCGUUUGGUGCUACCGCUGCGCCCAGUGCGUUUGGUGCUACCGCUGCGCCCAGUGCGUUUGGUGCUACCGCUGCGCCCAGUGCAUUCGGCGCUACUCCUGCACAAUCUGCCCCUGGUUCUCUCUUCGGGUCUACCGGUGCAGCCAGUGGCUUGAACGGUGGCUUUGGUUUUGGAAGUACCUCGACCACCGCGCCCAGUUCGACAAACAGCUUCUUCGGCGCUGCGAAGCCUGCAACAACCGGUCUUUUUGGAUCAACAACGGCCACUCCCACUCCAGGAGGUUUUUUUGGUGGUGCUGCGAGCACCGGCGGAUCAUCGCUCUUUGGAGCACCAACUGCGAUCACGAACACUGGAACGACCGGGUUUGGUUUUGGCGGUGGUGGGUUUGGAGGGACGACUACUGGUGGCUUUGGUGGCUUUGGAUCUGCCGCUACCCCGGCUGCUCAAACAGGGGGAUUUGGCACAGCUAGCAGUCUGUUCGGGCAACCGCAACAGCAAGCAGCUAUUGCGCAGCCACAAGAGUUGAUUGCAGCUCCCGACGUGAACCCGUACGGUGCUGGAUCGUUUGGUGCUGGUCUGGUUGAGCAAAAUGUGAAAGCUGCACUGGACCUUCAGGCCAUCAAGACAGGUGUUAGUGCGUCUUCUCGGUUGGUGUCUUUUGCAGACGAAGUGGGGCUUCCAUCGGAUCAGCCUCUGGUAGCACGACGUCAAGCGUUGAGCGCUCCACGCCACGCGGUCCCAGUUUCGUUCAUCCGUGGCUCAUUCAGGGGCUCCAAGAGUCGGUUCUCUACGAUCGCGACCCCGGCUCUUUCUAACGGCCUCCGAUCCAGAUCGGUUGGUGAUGGCGGUGGUAAGGAGGACGAGUUCAAGUUUACGUCAUCUCUGUUCCGUAACUCGAUGACGAAGAAGCUCGUGAUUGACAAGGAGGAGAAAAGCUCUGUUCGAAGUUUUCCAGAAAGUUCGCGCGUGUCUGUUGUGCCGAUCACUGAUGGCGAUCGUGCUGACGUGUUUGAAAGCGGCAACUCUCGCAAACAGUUGUUGCAGGCUGACAAUGACGGCAAGUACAACAUUACGUUUUGCAAUCAGACGAACAAGAAAACGUUUUCGCUGCGUCUACACUCGAAUCAGACCGUGAAACAAGUAAGAAAUGAAGUGAAGCUCUUGCUCCGUGAUAGCAGUGCAUCAGCAUCAUCUCCGAUCGUUGACGCCAAGUUGGUUUUGAAGGGUCGGAUUUUACACGACAAUGAUUUUGUCAAGGAGCUGCGGCUAGAGGAAGGGGACUCGAUUGACGUGGUUGUAAUAGAAAAUCGUGCGGACCUCGACAAGCUUGGAGACCCGGACGUCUCGGUUUCGUCGCUGAGUAAGAUGCCUGAGGCACAAACUAGUGAUAAGACAGCGCCACCGAAACGGUUCAUGACCUACGACGAGUACUUGGUCUCUGCCGGUCGUGACGACGAUGAUUUUCUCAACGAUACUGAAGCAGGCAGCACCAGCCGGACUUUCCCUGUUACGCCGUCGUGUCCUACACUGAAGAACAAAGACUAUUACACUAUUCCGUCUUACGAGCGCCUACAGGCGAUGACCGACGACGAACUCUCCCAAGUAGAAGCAUUUACCGUUGGUUGUCGUGGCUUGGGUGCAGUUGAAUGGAUUGGUAAGACUGACGUGCGAUCUCUUGAUCUCGACAAGCUGGUGCUAUUUGAGAAGAAGGAAGUGAUUGUAUACAAGGACAAUGAAGAGAAACACGAACUUGGUAAGGGUCUGAACAAACCUGCUAUUGUCGAACUUCUUGGUAUAUUUCCUCCUCGCAAGGCGGCCUCUCCUGAAAAGUACAGUGAGCGUGUGAAGCAGCGUACGGGAGAUAUUGGUGCCACCUUCAUCGACUACUCCCCUGAUACGGGCAUCUGGCGGUUCCGAGUUGAGCACUUCAGCCGAUACGCUCUUGGCGAUGACGACGACGAUGACGAUGACGAUGAUGAUGAUAUGGGUGGUCACGAUGGAGGAACUGACACACACGACGGAGCGAUCGAUGCACAAGAGAAGGAACUGCAAGCUGGAGAAUUGUCACGAAGGCCGGGUCUGACUCGUGGUCAUGUGGUCGGUCAAAGCAAAAUGCCCUUUACGGCCAACCGCAGCCGACUGUUUCGCCAGUCACGUAUUUUUGACGGUGACAUGAGCAGCAAAACUGUCGUUGCGUCAUUUGGAGGCCAGCUGGCGCCUGUUGCACUCAGCGACAGGCUGGUUGGAAUGAGGGGCAACUUGAACAAAGCUGCAACCGUGGCGGGAGCAGAGACGACAUUCGACGUUGCCGAAGAGGCAGUGGUAAUGCAAAAGGAUCAGUGGCCGACAAGCAAGGUGUUUCCUGUCGUUCCUUACUCCUUAAAACCACUUGGCGUUGGUGACGCUAACCAUUUGCGAGCUGAUGAGAAGUCAACGACGUACCAGAUGAUGUUGCAAGCGUCUAACCAAAAGCAGUCUGAAGCCGUGCGCAAUAACAUCGACGGAGGCAUGUUUAUGGCCCGUUCGUUUCGGUGUUCGUGGGGCCCGGGCGGCGAGCUAGUCAAUUUGGGGAAGCUCAUUUCGCAUCGGAAAGACCGUUUUGGUGUGGAGGGCGACGGCCGUCACGUUUGCAUCGAGCACCCGCUUCGACUUGCUGAAAACCGAAAGGUAGACCUUCACGAUGGGUUGAAAAUGCAUCAUGAGUGUACUUCGCGUGACCGGGACUCUAGCGACUUCGUAGACGAAGGAGAUUUGGAGGUGUCUACCGAAUAUGCGCUUCCUACGAACGAGCGGUUGAUGAACUGCUUGCACAAGUAUGUUGUUUUCGCGGAAAGCCGAGUCCACGAUAAUCGUGGUAGUUCUUUUCCGAAGGUCAGAGUGCUCACGUGGAAAUUGGUCGAAGCUUUGUGGGGUCAGGAACAUGGCGCCGAGAUGGUGGAUCGACUUGAUUCCACUUUUCACCACCUUGCAUUGAGAGAUGAUCCUAAUGUAGUAGAAACGCUGGACCUUUUCCAAUUGCUGGAUCUGCGCAGGGAAGCCAUAUCUCAGUGGUUCGAGACUGCGUUGAGCGACGCACAGACCAGGCCCACAUCUGACGACGGUCCCAGUACAAAAGGCGUCCUGCGCCUGCUGUAUCAGCACCGAAUUGUGGAGGCAGCGGACAUGGCGAUGGAUUGCGGUCACUUGCGCCUGGCAACAUUGAUUGCGCAAGCGGCGUCCUACGAAGGUGCUGACUUUCGCCAUAUGAUGGUGAAACAAAUGGAAGAGUGGAAUGAAAAUGGGUCGCUGCAUUGUAUGGACCAAAGUUUGGUCCUCGUUUACAGCGUGUUGUCGGGAAGCGUCGAGGCGUUGUCUACUUGUGAAGGUGCGAGCAUGUCAUGGGUCGCUUGCCUCGCGCUGUUUUUGUGGUACACGCGCGGCCCCGCGUCAUCCCUAAAGUCGGCCAUGGCGCUGUACGAAGACGCUGUCUGUAAGCGACUGGCUCCUCCUCCAGUUUCACAGUUUGCAGUUGCGGGUACCGAAAAAGAGGACGUGUUGAUGGAGCUCAUGAAGCUCUACAUCGGAGACGUGGCUUCACUUUGCAAAGUGUUGUCGCCUAGUGGAUAUAUGACGCAAGGAUUAUUUCACUUGGACUAUGAGCUGUCGUGGCAUCUACAUAGCGUCUUGCGUGCGAUGGGUUACAAGCUUGAACGUCAAUGGGAAUCACACAUCCACCAGGAUUUCAUUCGCCAACUAGAGGGAUGUGGUCUUUGGAAAGACGCGUUGUAUGUUGCGCUCAAUAUUUCGGACGCAACGGAGCGGGAAUGUACAUGCCGCGAGCUGCUUUUUCGGAAUGCAGACGCUUUGGCUUCGAACGCGUCUGACCAGAAAAGUCUUUGUCGGCGUUUGAGUAUUCCCACUGAAUGGGUCAGCGAGGCACUGGCCGUGAGAGCUAUUGUGAGGUCGGAGCGUAAGGAAGAAAUUGCGCACUGGAUAGCUGCUCGGCGCUAUGAAGAAGCUCAUGCGUGCUUGGUAUCGCACGUUGCCAUGCCGAGCUUGUUUGGUGACGAGAAAGACAAGUUGAUGCAGCAGCUACUUGAGUUGGAGCCCAUGUCAGCGCACAUCCCACUGUGGAAGAGCUGUGAGAAGGUGUAUACCAUCGGAGGCGGACUGCUGUUGGAGUACCUUCGUCUUGAGCAGCAGAAAGGGCUGGAAGCCGGCCAUGAAGACCAGUUCCUCCAGCGCGUCAUGCUGCUGUCUCAGCAACUUUCUAGCGCCCGAGAUGCUUCGGCGAAAGAUGGCACGAUGGUUGCAGAGAAAGAUGCGCUACUAGCGCUAGCUUGCGUGUCAUCAAUGAUCGUGUCCUUGGCCACGCAGGCAGUGCAGCUGCGGUCUAGUCAAUCGUACGCAAGGGAGCGCGAGCUGAUGGACGAUUGUUCUUCGAUGUUGCCAAUGGAAUUGGAGCCGAAGUUUCUCAGCGGGCUUGCACACUUGGUAACCGGUCGCGAGACAGGCUACGUGGAGUCGUACCGGACGAGUCAGUUGAUGCCUUUGUGCUCGGCUUUCCUCGAUUGGCGAGCUUGA